AUGGCGCCAUCUAAACAGUCCCGUAUAGACUGGUCUCUAUAUCUAGUUACUGAUUCCACGCCUGCCAUUCUCGGCGACAAGGACAUUGUUCACGUUGUGGAACAGGCUCUUCAAGGAGGAGCCACUGUUGUCCAGUAUCGAGACAAACAUGCCGACACUGGUGUGAUGAUCACAACCGCCAAAAGACUUCAUGCAGUCACCCGACAAUACGGUGUGCCCCUACUUAUCAACGACCGCCUCGACGUCUGUCAGGCCGCAGGAGCUGAAGGCGUGCACAUUGGCCAAGAUGACAUGACAUGUACCUCUGCUAGAGCCAUUCUCGGAACGUCGGCCAUCAUAGGACUUACAGCCUCAUCGGUACUCGAGGCCCAGAAAGCCAUUGCGGAUGGCGCUGACUACCUUGGUAUUGGGACGACAUUUGCCACCCCGACCAAGACAGACACCAAAUCCAUCAUCGGCACUCGCGGUCUCCAGGAGAUCCUUGCAGCUUGCGACACAGGUACAGAAAAGUCCAUACCAUGCGUGGCAAUCGGCAGCAUCAACGCGAGCAACGUGCAGAGAGUCCUCCAUCAGUCUGCUCACGGCUCGAAUCGUCUCAACGGCGUCGCCAUCGUCAGCGCCAUCGUCGCCGCCCCAGACCCCAAAGCCUCAUCCCAACAACUCUGUGAUCUGAUAAGGACCGCUCCAGAGACAUACUACGCCGCCGUUCCACCAAGCAAAUUCCCGUCACUCAUCACAGAUCUCAACACCUUGCUCUCUCAAGUUGCCCCCAUCGUUAAAACGCACUCCACAUCCUCCGUGCUCUGCCACAACAUGACCAACACAGUCGUGCAGAACUUCGUAGCCAACGUCUGCCUCGCGACGGGCUCAUCACCCAUCAUGUCCGAGAUAGCAGUCGAAGCCCCCGACCUCGCGAAGCUAGGCGGCUCGCUCGUCGUCAACAUGGGCACCGCGUCACCUGAAAAGAUCAACAGCUUCAUCGCAGGCAUGAGAGCCUACAACGCUGUCGGCGGUCCGGUCCUCUUCGAUCCCGUCGGCGGAGGCGCAACGUCCCACCGACGCGAGACAGUCAAGAAACUCCUGACGGCAGGCUUCUUCAGCGUCAUCAAGGGCAACGAAGGAGAAAUCGGAGCGGUGGCUGGCACGUCCAACGUCCAACAGCGCGGCGUAGACUCAGGCCCGUCCACAUCCACGCCAUCGGACAAGGCGAAGCUUGUCAAGGCUUUAGCCCAGCGCGAACACUGCGUGGUCCUCAUGACGGGCAAGACGGACUACCUUUCCGACGGAACGCGGACUGUCGCCAUCAACAACGGCUCGCAGUACCUGGGCAAAAUCACGGGCUCGGGAUGUGCCCUGGGCGCCGUCGUGGCAAGUUACCUCGCCGUGCAUCGCGAAGAUAAAUUCCUGGCUGCGCUGGCGGGAAUCUUGCACUACGAGAUUGCGUCGCAAAUGGCAGAAAAGAGAGAAGAUUGCCAAGGUCCCGGGACAUUCAUCCCUGCGUUUCUAGAUGAAUUACAUCGCUUCGGCCGGGCUGUCUCCGAGGACCACAAGGUCGACAUUGAAUCGUCGGCACGUGUAGAAUUGGUACAAGGCGACUGA